UCGAUCAAACAAAGGCAUUGGAUACUGAGACAAAGUCAUCGUUGAGAGCGUGCAGCAGCGUCGGAAAUAUACCUAUAAAACUUAAUAUCGCGUAGCUUUUGCCUUUGUACAUUUGCCAACAAACAACAACUGGACAAGAAGACUCUUUCAAUUGUAAAUGUGUAUAAUAUAGGAUUGAAGAAAAUGAUAUUGAAAACUCUAGUCCAAGCAGUUUUCUGUAUUCAAGUCAUUAGAAUAUCUGCAACAGGAAGAGAUGAAGCUCAAGAAGAAGCGAGGAUGAUAAUAAAUAGCCUGAAGAAAUUGAAAGAUGACGAGUCAGUACCUUUUUCAAAUAUACUACAAAAGUCCCAAAAUAAUUAUCCACAUUAUAUGAACGGCCUUAACAAAGGCAUGAACUCUGACAUGUUCCAGGCAUUGUACAACAACGCCCACACAUAUAAAAAUAUAGCAAAUAUGAAACCCAAACGUGGUUGGGAAGACGUAAGUCUCAUUUGGCGAAAGUCUCCAAAACGUGCAUGGGAGUUUAUCAAUAAAUUAUGGAAGGAUCCGGUAAUCAGAAGGAAAUAUAAAACUUACUUAGAAAAUGGAAAAAGGAGCGAUGAACUGAUGGAAAAUAUUCCGGUGCAACAGAACAAUGUAAAUCCUUUCUGGGUGACAGAUGAAAUAGGGUAUGACGACAUUGAUCUUGACCAUCCCAUCGUUAGAAACGGUGCGGGAGAUAAUGCGUUAUGGCUAGCCAAAUCUUCAAAACGUGGAUGGGAAAUAGUGAAUCCAGGUGAUUGGAAGAAUAUAAGAUCAAACAUUGCUGAUAUUGGCAAAAGGGGAUGGGAAGAGCUUAAUUGGAAGAGAGCCGUCGGUGGUCCAAUUAGAAACAAUCUAGUCCCUCGCAACGGUGAAUUCGGAGAUACAAGUAUGUUCGAUCUAAAUGUGAUAAAAGCCUUACAUGAGAAUACAGGUGUAAACCAGUUAACAAAAUUUCGUCCUGUAAUGCAACCUACCUAUCUUAGUUCCGGUAAAGAUACAGAAUUAAUUAAAAAGAUGAAAAGUAACAUAAGCCUCAUGGACGACGAAAAUGACAUAUUUUCAAAAAACAUCUUAGGAAACCUUUCUCCAAACAAUAUUCAAAAAUAUAACGAAGAGCAUGAUGGAACACAUAAAGUCGAAAGAGGUUAUGAUAUGUCUAAGAGGUCAGCCUUUGAAAACUUGUGUCGCAUGCUCGUGGGAGAUUUAACAAAAUGCAGAGAUGUUCCAUAUUUCGUUUAGAUAUCCAUACAAGCAAACGGAACACGUAGGCUGUAACAUAUUGACAUCUAAACUCUGAAUGAAAUCAGUUGACAUUAAACCACUUUUGGUUCAUAAACAAUUAGGAAUUCAUGCAGGGACUAUCUGAGCAUAAUUUAUCAAUGGACUAUAGUUAAUCAUACAGGCCACGUUUUUAACUUAUAUUUACAUUUCAAAUUUAUUGUACCCUCCGACAACAAAGUUGUAAGGGGGAUAUACUGGUUUCAGGUUGUCUGUCCGUCUGUCCGUAGACUAAAUCUUGUGCGCACCAUCUCUCCUCAUCCCCUUGACACAAUUUAAUGAAACUUCACACAAGUAAUCAGUAACAACAGUAGUUGUGCAUGGGGCAUGUUAGGUUCUUUCAGAAAAAAAAUGCAGAGUUACGGGACUUUGUUUUUUGUUACUAUACUAUAUACAUAGACACAAUCCUGUGCGCACCAUCUCUCCUCAUCCCCUGGACACAAUUUAAUGAAACUUCACACAAGUGAUCAGUAACAACAGUAGUUGUGCAUGGGGCAUGUUAGGUUCUUUCAGCAACAAAAAUUGCAGAGUUAUGGGACUUUGUUUCUUGUUAACAUACUAUGUACAUACAGUCUGCAUAUGCAAUCUUGUGCGCGCCUAAUCUUCCGAACCCUUGCACACAAUUUAAUGAAACUUCACACAAGUGAUCAGUACCAACCCUAGUUGUGCAUGGUGCAUGUUACGUUCUUUUAGAUAAAUAUUCUGCAUAGUUAUGGGACUUUGUUUUUUGUUACGAUACUGUAUACAUGCAGUCUAUAUACAUACAGUCCACAUAAUUAUGCAAUCUUGUGAGCGUCAAAUUGCAGUGUACUUUGUCAGUGCAUGCGGGGGUACAUUCAUCACCAUUAGUGAUAGCUCUAGUUUUGUUUACCAUAUCAUUUGAUAACUUUACAGUCGUUCCUUUGAGGAAAUCUAUGACAAUGGCAGAUUUUACUCCUAAAAAGGAUAUUUUAAAGGAAGAAAUUGUAGUUAUGGUGAAAUAUUUAUUAGACUAGAUGCUGGUCGGUCAAUUAUGCUGUAACAUUAUUUUACUUGUUUCAAAACGUGUCCUUCUGGAGUAUGUAGAGUGUGUGCAUAUGAAAUAUAAAAUCACGAAUGACAGUGAAUUAUUUGGAUAGUUGUGAAGAUAUCUAAACCAGAUAUUCUUUGCAAGCUGUGUACUUCACUGUUUAAUAAAUUUGCUAUAUGUUCUAUAUGAAAUUAUCAAUCUUCUGAGAGCUGUAACACAUAGCCAGGAACAAUCUCCUUGACAAUGCUACUAAAAUGUCAAGUAUAGGUCAACAAUGAAAUAAAAAUAAGAACUGGCUUACAUAAAGCAUGAAAUUGCGACUUUAACUGACAAAAAAUUGAGGAUUUUUUUCUUUCCGCUAUUAUCCGACUAGCCCGGAAGUGCUGCUUGAUUACCUAUUUAGUACUAUUUCACUUUAAGCAAGAAAACAUGUUAGAAAGAAAAUUAAACAAAAUCUACAUGUCCGUAGAAGGUGAAAUUGGCACGAUCUUGAGUAUGCGGUUUGAGACCCGUCUACAAUAUUUUUCCGUUACAGGAUCUUUUUGUUGUGGGCCUACUUUGCGAUGCAUGGCUUUAUGGCUGUGUUUUGGUGCUCUGUGCUACCCUUGUCGUUUAUCUUGAAUAUAAUAUGUUGUACUAGAAUAAUACGACAAAGCAUGAAUAUGAAAACAAUGAAAUAAAAACUAUUUAAAUAUGUA